AAUACUAGUGUUAUUAGAACUUCGAAAACUAACAAUGAUACUGUUUGCUACAGAAGAACGUCUAUAGUGUUGGAAGAAACUGACAGGUCCCCUUUCAGCACAGCGCGUAUAACCUUUUUUAUUUUAAUAACAUUGGUUACCUUCCUUUGGUUCCUUCACCGAUGGCAACAACAAACGAAAUUUUUCAAAAUGGGCAACAAGAUUCCUGGCCCCAGCACUCUGCCAUUUUUGGGCAACGCGCAAAUGGCUUUCUUUAAACAACCAUCAGACAUAAUGAAAUUGGCCUUGGAACUAGCUCAGAAGUACUUGGACAUAGGUCGUAUUUGGAUCGGUAACAAGCUAGUCAUAUUCCUUAUUAAACCUGAAGACGUAGAAGUGAUCUUGAACAGCCAUGUGCAUAUAGAUAAAGCUGAAGAAUAUAGAUUCUUCAAGCCUUGGCUUGGAGAAGGUUUACUUAUAAGUACAGGUCCAAAAUGGAGAGCUCACAGAAAAAUUAUCGCUCCAACUUUCCACAUCAACAUCUUAAAAUCAUUCGUUGGAAUCUUCAAUAAGAAUAGUAAAGACAUCGUCGAGAAAAUGAGACCAGAAGUAGGAAAAGUAUUCGAUGUUCACGAAUACAUGGGCACCGUCACUGUCGACAUUUUACUUGAAACUGCCAUGGGAAUCACAAAAGAAGCUCAAGACAAGUCAGGCUUCGAUUACGCGCUUGCUGUAAUGAAAAUGUGCGACAUAAUACAUCAAAGACAUUACAAAAUCUGGUUACGAAUAGACUCGUUAUUCAAACUAUCUUCUUUAUACAAGCAACAAUUAAAACUGUUGGAUAUUAUUCAUGGUCUUACCAAUAAGGUUAUAAAAGAGAAAAAUAAAACUUAUAUUGAUAAUAAAGCUAAAGGUAUCAUACCACCUACUAUCGAAGAGCUGACCCGGACAAAUAAUGAUUUUGAAAAUGCAGCCGAUACGAAACCAUUGUCUGAUGUUUUCCAAGGUUACAAAGAUGACUUGGAUUUCAAUGAUGAAAAUGAUGUUGGGGAAAAGAAAAGAUUGGCAUUUCUAGACCUGAUGAUAGAAUCAGCACAAAACAAAACGAACUACAUCACAGAUCACGAAAUUAAGGAACAAGUUGACACAAUUAUGUUUGAGGGUCAUGACACUACAGCAGCGGGUUCCAGUUUCGUCCUUUCAGUCCUCGGUGUCCAUCAGGAUGUUCAAGAUAAGGUCUACGAUGAGCUAUAUGAAAUAUUUGGAGACUCUGAUAGACCAGUGACAUUCACAGACACUUUGCGCAUGAAAUAUUUAGAAAGAGUAAUUUUGGAGACUCUCCGAUUAUACCCACCAGUGCCACUUAUUGCUAGGAAACUGACACGGAAUGUUCAAAUCGUAACUAAUAAUUACGUUCUACCAGCGGGUUCGACGGUGGUUAUUGGAACGUACAAAAUUCACCGUCAUCCAGAUUAUUACAAAAACCCUGAUGAGUUCAACCCUGACAAUUUUUUGCCCGAAAAUACACAAAAUCGUCACUAUUACAGUUACAUACCAUUCAGCGCUGGACCUAGAAGUUGUGUUGGACGGAAAUACGCAAUGUUGAAACUGAAGAUACUGUUGGCGACGAUUUUAAGAAACUACAAAACGAUUUCUGCUGUCCCCGAAAAAGAAUUCACUUUGCAAGCUGAUAUUAUUCUGAAAAGAACUGAUGGAUUCAGAAUCCUAAUAGAACCAAGGAAAAGGAUACCCUCAAGCGCUAAGUAAAAAAAAUAUAUAUCUGCGUUACAAUAAUUUAAGUUUGUCUCCGAAAAAUAUCAUGGAUGUUUAUUUAAAUGGUGUGUUGUAUAUUUAUUUAUUACUGCAAUAAA